AUGAUUAUCUUUGCGGUGAUAAUUGUUGUGGGCGUGUUGAUAUAUUUGGAUAUUCGAAAGCCAAAAAACUUUCCCAAGGGUCCAUCAUGGCUUCCAAUUAUUGGAAGUGCACUUAGCAUAAAAAAGUCACGAAACGAGACAGGAAUGUUGGUGAAAGGUGUGAAGAGAAUAGCCGAACAUUAUCCUGAUGCGAAGGAUGUUAUUGGUUUUAAGAUUGGGAAAGAUAAAGUCGUGAUUACCCACUCUACGGAAGCUCUUAUCGAAAUGUACACAAAUCCUGACAUUGAUGGCCGACCUUACGGGCCUUUUUAUGAAACAAGAACGUGGAAUUUACGUCGAGGAGUUUUACUUACAGACGGAGAAUUUUGGCAAACCCAACGUCGCUUCAUUCAAAGACAUCUUAAAGAAUUCGGAUAUGCUCGUAAAGGAAUGCAAGAAAUAUGCGAGAAUGAAGCAGAAUUUUGUCUUAACGAUUUCCGUAAUUUAAUAACAAAGAAAGGUGGAAAGAGUGCAGUUGUAACAAUGCCGAACUAUUUCUCUCUUUAUGUUUUAAACACGCUUUGGUUAAUGAUGGCUGGAAUCAGAUAUAAUUCAGAUCAUGAUGAGAUGAAACUCCUUCAACAUCUCUUAUUCGAAUUGUUUACCAACAUUGACAUGAUGGGUGCAACAUUUUCUCACUUUCCAUUUCUCAUAAAAAUUGCACCGGAAGCUUCCGGAUAUAAAAGUUUCUUGACAUGUCACACAAACAUCCACAAAUUCUUUUCGAAAGAAGUCGAGAAACAUAAAAGGAAUUUCCAUCCAUCAGAUGAACCACGUAAUCUUAUUGAUGCUUAUUUGAAAGUUCUUUAUUCAGGCGAUGAAAAUGGAACUGCUGAUGAAUCUUUCAGCGAAUUGCAAUUGUUAGCUUUAUGCUUGGAUAUGUUCAUGGCUGGCUCCGAAACUACCAACAAGUCAGUGAAUUUUAUGUUUCUACAUUUAGUGAGAAAUCCACAGAUUCAGCAGAAAUGUCGAGAAGAAAUUGAUCGAAUCAUCGGAAGAAACCGACUUCCGUCACUCGACGAUAGAAUUAAAAUGCCGUAUUGUGAAGCUGUUGUUUUAGAAUCAUUACGAUUUUUCAUGAAAAAUACAUUUGGAAUACCACAUCGAGCACUUAGAGAUACAAAACUCUGUAGCUAUCACAUCCCUAAAGACACAAUGGUUCUAUCGAUGUUUUACGGAAUUUUUCAUGAUGAAAGAAUUUUCAAAGAUCCCACGAGCUUUGAUCCUGGAAAUUUUCUAGAUGAAAAUGAGAAGUUAAGCAUUCCAGAUAAAUUUUAUCCAUUUGCGUUGGGAAAGCAUCGAUGCAUUGGAGAGUCGCUGGCAAAAAGUAAUCUUUUCUUGCUAUGCACUACAAUCAUCCAAAACUUCCAUCUAAACACACCACCUGGACAUGACAAACCUUCUGAUGUUCCCAUUGAAGGUGCCACGCCAAGUGUUCAAGACUAUCAAGCUUUAAUAACUCCACGACUCUGA